AUGGCUAAGAAGUAUCUGUCUCACCUAGGUCUGCGCUCAUCACACUCGCUCUCCGUCCGCCAGCCCCAACAAGAACCGCGCUCCCGGGCAGACUCUGCAACUUCGGCCUCGCCCCGAGCCAUGGCCAGCUCCAUCGACGCCGACCGCUCCCGCAACCGCCGGGAUCGCACCUUCAUUGGCGCUGAAUGCGCCGUGUGCGAGGAACCCCUCGAGCACACGCUCCGCGGCGAGCGUAUCCUGCAGCUCUCCUGCGGCCACGUCUCCCACGAGGCCUGUUUUUGGGAGUACAUUCGCGAGUUUGAAUCGCAGUACUGCCCCACCUGCAAUGCGCCGCUGGCUCUCGACACGAGCAGAGGCGGCAACGUGCUGGACCUGGAAAAACUGAGCAACAUUGUCCGCGCUGCACAACCACCCGCUCCCCCCACGGAUCCGCUACCGCCGCCUCCGCCCCAAUCGCAACACCGCCCCAGCAUCGCCAGCUCUGCCACGCCAUGGGAUGCCCAGACCAUUCACACCGUUCACACCGUCCACACCGUCCACCCCGACUACAUGGAGGGGCGCCGCCCCUCGGUCGCGACUGUCGACACGCGGGACCCGCGCAUGAUGAGCAGCCACCACAGCACCUACAGCCGCGACGACAGGUCGCAUAGAGUCGAGUCGCAGUCGCGCGCCGCGCACGCGAGGAGUGAUAGCGGUGCCACCGGUGCCACCGGUGCUACCGGCGUUGCAUCCUCUGGUGACUAUCCCGUCGACCCGACUGGCCGCAGGCACGACUACGACCUCCACUCCAUGGAAAGCAGCCUGAGCCCCCGCACUUCCGUAAAGAACCCGAUUCCUCCGCCGCUCGUUACUGUCCGCAGCGAGUUCCCCACCAUCAACCGGUCCCGCCAGCAGCAGAGCCUUACUUGCCUGAUCACGAUCGAGGUGCCAGAGGGCAAGUGGAGGCCCGAUCCGGCCGACAUGCGCGAUGUUCCGCAGACGCCGUCCGUGGCGGGUUCGGAAGGCUAUGGUCGUUCCAAGUCGCCCGCACCUUCGAGAGUCUUGGAGCACAUUUACGAGAACAGGGAAGCCCUUGACGAGGCCGCGGAAGAGCUGCAGGCGCGUGUCGACAACUGGCAUGGUUUGGACUUUUCGAGGUUUGGCAAGCUUCGCUUACACGGUCGUGUCCGCGUUGGCAAGGAUCGCAAGUCUUGGCAGGAUCUCGAGUGCUACCUGUUCUCCGACAUGCUCAUUUGCGUGAAGGAAAAGAAGCUGAAAGACCACCAGUACAGCGAUGCGGGAACGGUAACGAGCAGGAGACCUAGGUGCAUCUUGAAGGGAUCCAUUAUCAUCAAGAGGCAUCUUAAGCAAGUUGAGAUGUAUCCCGAUGAGGCAAUUUUGACUCUGGGCCUUUCCGUUGCGGAGCUGCCUGCUUUCCACCUGCAAUUCCGGGACCUGAAACAGCUCGAGGUUUGGAGGCGCGCCCUUCACGAAAUCCACACAGAACCGGCCAUGCGCAUGCAGGAGUACGAACAGGAUACCUCCGGGACCGACGAGGAGGAUUACCGCAUGUCCAAGAAUGGCCGCCGCGUAUCUUCCGUGAACUCCUCGUACGGUGCGGCAAGAUCAACUGUCACCGCGCCAACCGAGUACUCUCGCCACGAGUCUACCGAACCGAGGAUGUCACCGUCUCUUGACCAUGUCCCUGUCGACAUUGUCGUCGUCGUCCCCGUCUCGUCCUCCAUGCAAGGUCUCAAGAUUUCCCUUCUCCGCGACACCCUGAGGUUCCUGGUCUCCCACCUUGGCCCCAGGGACAGAAUGGGUCUGGUUUCCUUCGGCUCCAGCGGCGGCGGAGUGCCCCUCGUGGGCAUGACUACGAAAAACUGGAACGGAUGGAACAAGGUUCUGGACUCGAUUCGCCCGGUUGGGCAAAAGAGCUUACGCGCAGACGUGGUGGAAGGGGCCAAUGUCGCCAUGGAUCUGCUUAUGCAGCGCCGGUCGGCCAAUCCUUUGGCCAGUAUUCUGUUGAUCAGCGACUCUUCAACCUCCGAUGUUGACAGUGUUGACUUUGUCGUGUCCCGGGCCGAGGCCGCCAAGGUCACGAUUCACUCAUUUGGUCUAGGCCUGACGCACAAACCAGACACAAUGAUCGAGCUGUCGACGCGUACCAAGGCAUCUUACUCCUACGUCAAGGAUUGGAUGAUGUUGCGCGAGUGUGUUGCAGGAUUGCUGGGAUCGCUACAAACAACGUCGCACCAGAACGUCAAGCUCAAGCUGCGCCUUCCCGAAGGUUCUCCGGCCAAGUUCGUCAAGAUUAGCGGAGCGCUGCAGAUCACGAAACGGGCUACCGGAAGAGAUGCCGAAGCGUCCCUUGGCGACCUGCGCUUCGGAGACAAGAGAGACAUCCUCGUCCAACUGGUCAUCACUCCGGAUACGGGCUCGCCUGAGCAAGUUCCUCAGGACGCGUGGGAGAGUGUCAUCUCUGGCCUGGAGGCCCUUGGUGGUCCCUUGGACCAGGACGACCAGCGCAGCCUGAGCAUCGAGGAAGUUCCUCUGAUCCAGGCGGAUCUGACGUAUGGCGACAUCAUACGCGAAGGCACCUUGUCUCACCUUCCUCGCCCAUCCUUGCUGGCCAUUACCAUGCUUCCCGGCCACAGGGCCAAGUCUCAGAAUGGCAGGCCUGUUACGCCACCGAUCCCGCCGCACCCGUCUGUGGUGCAGCGGAGGAUGGAGUUGCUCACGUCUGAUAUGUUGACUCGUGCGCUUACGCUUGUUUCACGAGGACAGCACGAGCGCGCCCAUCACUUGCUCAGCGAGACGAGGAGUAUCCUGAAGGGACUCGCCAAGGGCGGUCUGCCGCCUCUCCCGCCGCCACCCGCACAGGACAAGAACGGCUCCCCCAAGGCGAAUGGCCACCAUGACGGCAGUGCGCGCUCCUCGCCGACUGCAGAGUCUCGGCCGCGUACCCCCUCACCUCCUGCGGACAGCCCGUUCUCGCCCGCUGCCGGGAUUGAUACUAAAGCCAUGGCCGCGCUGGACGCGGAGCUCGAAUCAUCCCUCGAAUGGAUCAACCACCCGGCAGUCUUUGGGCGCGACUCGCGCAAGGCGGUGCUGCAAGCCAUUGGCACCAUCAGCUCCCAGCGCGGGUACACGUUCCGCACCCCCGUCGAGUCCCUCUGGGCUGAGCGUAUUGCUGGUAUCAAGCGCCUCUCAGUGCGGUCUCGCGAGUGGCGCGAGGAUGGCUCGGAGGCUCUUAUGGAAGAGGUCUAA